UCUCCGAUUAUUGACUUACAUUUGCGAUCAAAUAGCAGCUCUUUAUCGCUGUUUACCGAUGACCUGAACGGAUUUCAUAUAAAACACCGGCGAUGUGGAGGUGUUCACUCAGUCGCUUCAGUGAACAGGAAGUUUCCAGAUCGUCCCAGAGAACUUAACCGAGAUGUUUUCCGCUGUCGUCUUCUUCCUCGUCUCUAUAGCCGGCCUCGGUAACUCCAGGCCUUCUAUUGACUAUUCAGAAAACCGCUUUCCCGUGGAGAACGACUCGGAGGAAGUUCGCUCGGCCGCUAUUAAACGCCUUUUGGAGGUUUUUGGGAUGGAAGACCCCCCUGCUUCUCUGAGUCGAGGCCAUAAGCAGCCUCCUCAGUAUAUGCUCGAUUUGUACAACACGGUGGCGGAUGUGGACGGGGUUACCAAAGACCCUACUUUACUGGAGGGCAACACAGUCCGCAGUUUCUUUGACAAAUUACACAGUCAACAGGUCGAGUUCAUGUUUAACUUGUCCACUGUGGCCAGAAAUGAGAAGGUGCUUACAGCAGAGCUGCAUCUAUUCAAACUGAGACCUCAAGCAUCACUUAUUUUCAACAGACAUCACUUCUGUCAGGUCAGUGUCUAUCAGCGUCUUGAUAACACCAAAAUGAAUGUCUCACAAGGAAAGAAGCUUGUGUCGUCAAGACUCAUUCCUGUUCAUUCCAAUGGCUGGGAAGUUUUCACCAUCACACAAGCGGUCCGCACAUGGAUGACGGAUGAGCACAGUAACCUGGGUCUCCUGGUGACCGUGCGGACUGUGGCAGACGUUCAGCUGGACGUGAGGAACGUGCGUUUUGCCUCAGGGCAAAACCACCAUCACAGCAAGCAGCCCAUGCUGGUCCUUUUCACUGACGAUGGCAGACGUGUCACCUCUCCAGAGGGUGCGCUGAAAGGUUCUGAUGAUUCACUAGCUGGUGCCAAGCUCCCUCUGCCCAGCCUGAUUCUCCCAGGCCCUGGGCAUCGUAGUGCUCGCUCUCUUGACUAUGAUGAAGACCCAGAUAGGAAGCCAUGCCAAAGACUGCCACUGUACGUUGACUUUGAGGAGAUUGGCUGGUCUGGGUGGAUUGUGUCUCCCCGUGGCUACAAUGCAUACCACUGCAAAGGGUCCUGUCCCUUUCCUCUGGGCCAAAACAUGAGACCCACAAACCACGCCACAGUGCAGUCCAUCAUCAACGCACUCAAACUUACCAAAGGCAUAGACACACCGUGUUGUGUGCCCGACAAGCUCUUCUCCAUCAACCUCCUGUACUUUGAUGAUGAUGAGAAUGUAGUGCUGAAGCAGUAUGAUGAUAUGGUGGCAGGAAGCUGUGGUUGCCACUGACAUCAUAAAUCUGUAUAGAUAUUUUAACACAUUUUAGGGUUGGUUUCAUGAGGUUUUGCUACUUUACUGCAAAAUCAAUAGCACUGAUGAAAGGUGUGUUGUAUCCUGUAGAAAUCUGGACUGGAACCCAGCUGAAAUGACAGACUGCUUCUUACAGUUUUGUAUAAUAUGUAAAUAGAUAUAAAUGCUAAUAUAUGGAGGAGCUUGAGUGGGUCACUGUACAUUUGUAUAUUGCAUGUUGUGAACUAUUAUAAAGUUUAAAUAAAUUGUAAAACAAAAAAGGUUUGUGAAGUUUAUUUAUUGACAUAAAUGCAAUUAAUUGCUUGAUCGAAAAAUAAGUACAUUUCAGUUCACCAGCCGACUGAACCUAAG